AAAUACCAAGAGAGACAGAAAUGGAGAGGAACUAACAGGGAAAAGAGAAAACAUAGAGGGAGGAAAAUGAAGAUGUGUUAAACUAACAGGGAGAGAGAGAGAGAUGUAAAGAAGUUGCGCGGAGUGAGGGGAAGGGGUGGGAGCGGUGGUAAGGAAGGAGGAGAAAGAGAGAGUCUGUGUAUGUGAAGGAAUAAAGAGGGAAACGGAGUGAGUGAAGGAAGGGCUGAAUUCAGAGAGAGGGACACAGAGCCAGGGUUGGUGGCAGAGGCAAGUUCGGCUCCCGAACCCUUCAGCAGAAACACUCCGGGAGUUAACACACAGAGAGGGAGAGAGAGAGAAUGAAGAGCCCGGUCUCGGAGCCGCCGGCGUUACUGUUAUAGACGGAGCGAAACCGGACUCGAUCCGAGAGUCAGCCCGUGACCAAAGAGCGUGGGGAGGGAGCUAAUUUAUUUGGAUGAUCCUAAUCCAGAUUUGAAGGUCAAGUCUAAGCAGCAAUGACUGAAAUCGCAAUCGAUCAAUCCAAUUUACCUCGGGUGCGAGAAGUGUGCCGUGGGUUUGCUGUCUUGGAGGAUGGGGCGUUGGCACACAACCUUCAGGAACAAGAGAUUGAACAGCACUACGCUUCAAACAUUGAGAAGAACAAGUUGGUUCGGCAGGAUGUCUGUGUGGCCAAAAAGCUGCAGGACGAAGAGGAGUUGGAGGCCAAACAGUACAGCCGGGAGCACCAGCAAGAGAUUGAGGAGCUGGAUUCACAAUACGCCAAAGUUGUGCAAGAGGAGAUUGAGAAGCACGUGGCAGAGAGCCUACAGCGGGAGGAGCAGGACAAGGAGGUGGCCAGGAGAUUGCAGCAGGACGAGGAGUUGAGGGACCAGAGGAGGCUGGUGCUGGAGGCCGAGGUGUAUGCAGCUGGAGAUGAGAUGCACAGACCGCCAGGGAGGAGGUUGUGGCAUGGACAUGAGCAGAACCCCUUGGAGAGCGAGGUGGCCCAGCUGAAUCUCGGUGAUUCCUACGAGAGUGACCAGGAGCAGCUACAACGUGAUGAAGCUCUGGCCCGCCUCUUACAGGAGGAGGAGGAAGUGAGGAUGGUGCAGAUGAGAUCGAGGAGCCAGAGAAACCAGGAGGAGGAUUUCCGGGCAGCUCAGGUGGCACAGGAUGAGGAAAUAGCCAAAUACAUUCAAAGACAAGAAUUAAAAGCCCACAAACAGUCCAAGCGACUGGAACAGAGGUUGGCGAGGAGAGAGCAUUCAGGAGAAAGCAACGAAUGCUCAGAGACGCCGAAGAGGCGGAAUCAGCCAGCCUCCGCUCGACAAGAGCGAUUAAACUCGGAAGGGUUUCCAUCUCCGUGUGGUGAGCAGCCUCCCGAGAGAGGACCGUCUCCCACAGAGCAGCUACAGCGAUCAAGGCACCUAUUCCCCAGAAACAUAGCAGAGGAGCUGGAUCCUACCUUUAAAUCCAAACAUCUGGAGCACACCUCUGACCGGUUUCCUGCAGUUCCACCAGCCUUGCCUCAGCCCUGUGCUGUACCACCAGACGGUUUCUAUGACUACCUGGACAAAUCCUCCAAGCCAGCGUAUGCUUCACCAACCAGGCGGCAGGAAGAGAAACUGGUGAGGCAGAAAUCGAAGGAGAAAAAGGAAGGUUGCAAGCAGCAAUAAGGAUGGCAGGGCUGUGGACCGGCCUGAAAGUGCUAGCCCAGUCCAGGAAGCCUCUGUCUACACACACGCACACAUUUACUUCUCAUUAUUGUAGACUUCAGGUUUCCACUUGAGACGCCAGUAAUAUAUUGCCCUAGUGUUCCACCCCAUUGUAGCUGGGGCCCCUGCAUUGCAAGGCUGCAGCUAUGAUUUGAGUCUGGUCCAGAGUAGAAGGCAGCUGGAUUAUCUACCCAGUUCUGAAUUUGGUGAAAGCCCACCCUUUCCUACAGUUUGCUGCCACUGCAGUGAUUGGAAGGAGUGGGAGUGGGAGGGAUGAGGAGGGAUCACCAGCUUCAGGUCCUGGGUUGAAUGACCAACUGACUCUAAGAUUAUUUCACUGUUGAAACUGAUAGGUUGGAAUUGAAGAUCUUCUCUUCCCUCCCCCUUUUCUGGACGUCCCAAGACUUGGCCAAAGAGCAGUGACCAAUCAGGCACCGAGUAAGUGACUAGGUUGUGUGACUGCCUGUCACAUCUGUUUCUCACUUGUUAUUCUUUAAAUUCUGUCAUGCCGUGUGUGAGAGAUGUCAGUGCCUGGGAAUGACAUCUCCCACCUCCAGUUCCAAAGUGACCUCACUCCAGUUACACAGUGAUGCUUCUUUACUCUGACCCUAACUAAAACCUUUGGUCACUGUUUAGUACUCCAUCCUGAGACUGUGCCAAAAUCAGUGAUCUUACUGGUUGUGAUCUGUAACUCCACUCAUCAAUCUACAGUCACUGUGGCGAAAUCAGUCAUAGCACAUUGUAAUCUAAUGACACCAGCCAGAUGUGAGAACAUGGAGUUACAUCCUGAACAUUUCUGUAGUUUUAGCUUUAAACAUUUUCAAUUAUUUAAUGGAUAGAAUUGAAAGAAUUUCAUUUUCAAUCAUUGCUUGGGAUUAUUUGUAGAGCAACAUUGAUGUAGCUGCUUCCCCGUGUAGAGAGAGCUUUACUCUGUAUCUAACCCCAUGCUGUAUGUGCACUGGGAGUGUUUGACGGGGAUAGUGUAGAGGGAGUUUUACUCUGUAUCUAACCCCAUGCUGUGCAGCUUUUUGUGCAGGGAGAGAUACCAAGAGCGGGGACUUUCUGGCCUUCUGUGAACAGCCUGUAAUUUCAGGCUUUUGAUUAAUUACAGGCCUAAGUACAACUUCCUUUUUUCGAAAAAUGGGUUUAAUUUUGUAACUGGGCCAUUUUGUGUUGGGCUUUGAGAAAAUCGCACCUCCAGAAAUGUAAUGCUAAUCAUAACUGCUGCCAAAAAAGAUUCUGUUUAUUGAAGCGUAACUGAUAUAAAAAAAAUUACAGGAAGGUUCCUCAGAUUAGAAUGUCUUGCUGCUUGUGGUGGAAGAGACAGUUUCGCACUGUGAUGGCCUUUCCGGACCCAGGGAAGGUGGGCAGUGAUUUGCCUGGCUGCUGGCUAUCACUGCAGCGAGGGUCUGAUACAGAGUUACCGCAGGCAUUGUCUCCAGCUGACUCAAGGCCCACCCUCCACCUAUCAUGGAGGGAGGGGGGAAAGGGCACUUGGAGGUUGAGAUACAUGACAAGACAGCAAACCCCUUGAAUCUGUCUGCUUUUAAACUUUCUCCCUGCUCCUUGCUGUCUCAGACUUGAGUAACAACUAAGGCCACCGUUUCCUGAUCCGCCUGUCUCCUGCUGUUUCCCUGCUGCGUGUCACUGUGCAAUACUCCUGUCAGUUGAUGCAAAAGAUUUCAAACAAGACCCAAUCCAGACCCCAGGGCUGUUAUCAACUGUGUCAUUUUCAGGAAAUGCUUUUUAUUAACAUAACAGAAAAUGUGCUAACCAGUCAACAGCUUCAGAGUUCUGACCCUGACAUUCAGCAAUCCUAGCUUGGACAAUUGAUGUCUCUCUGAGCAACGCCCACUUCAAGUCCUGGUGCCCCUGAUCUUUCUCUCUCCUGCACUCUCCCUCCCCCUCUCUCUCACACAUGCGCACGUGUGCACACAUUUUCUCUCACACACACACACACUCUCACACCGACAUUCACUUAUUUGCACACUGUCUCUCACACGCUCUCUCACACUCGAACUCUCUCACCCUCUCUCUCAAACCACCACAGUCUGGCAGAACUUCCAAGUUGACGUGUUUCUUUCUUUGGCUGCUGUGUGGAGCCAAGUGCCCUGGUGGAGAAGGAUCCAGAGGAUGUAACAACUGGAAGCUGCUGGCAAAGAGUGGGGGAGAUGGGUGGGUGGAGGGGGGAAUGUUGUUUAGGAUAGUUGGUGCCAGUGACUGUGUAAAAACACAGGGGAAAGUUUCUGGGGAAAGUUUGGUGCUUGUUUUAACUCUGAAGAAAUAAUACUCAUAUGUCUUUGUUUUCAUAAAGUUAAUUUUCUUUUUAGACUCAAACUGGGGAUAAAUUGGAAAUCCCCCAAUCUGAGGUCUGGCUACGUUAGUCACUUCAAUCAGAAAUUUUCCUCAGUCUCUGCAGAGAUUUGGAACCCAUUGAAUUGUCUUCCUUUGGUACUUUUAAAUCUCAUCCUUCCUCUCUGCCCUCUGCAAUUUGAAAAAGGACAAGGAUGACAAGAUUUUGUGAAGCUCUAUUUCUAUCUCUGUCUCUCGCUCUCCCUCCCCCUGUCUCUGUCUCAUCCUAUUCAGCCAGUUGUAUGGUAACUCAAUGGCAAGGUCCAAAUCAGUAUGACUCUCCCUUUUUGAAAUCUGAAUGGGGAGUGAAUGAUCAAGUAAGUGAUCAUUCUGGGAUUGGGACCAGUGACCUCCCACCCUGUAGGGGGCAGGAGUAUCCACCUAGUGAUCUUCAACCCUGCUCAGGAGAGAAUAGGGGCAGCAACCUUACCCUUGUCCUCCUGGGGGAAAACGUAAGUCUUCCAAUGGUUUCAGAAUGACCAAAAGAAACACCACUGAGGGUGAGGGUCAAAUCCAUAAUUUUCACUUGGGAAAUCAAUGUGUUGUCCAGUAUGGCUGUGGCCAAUAAAUAGUUAAUACCUACUGAUCACAGCAAAUGCUGUGUGCCACUGGUAACUGUUCUGGGUCAGACGGGUGUUCCUCAACUGUGUGCUUUGGCAAUGAGUUCUUAUGUUAAUCAUUCCAGCUACAGUCACCAGCUGUGGUAUGCUUUCUGGGGGAUUCCCUGGUCUUGUGACUGUCACAUGAUGGGUAAUCCAUUGAACCAACACAUUUCCUAACUCAUCAUCUGAUAUCAUUUGCUGGUUUCUAUCCCGCAAUCCUGAUGCACACCAUGGACUUUACCCAACCCCUGGUUUCAGGUUCCAGUUCUGGAAAGGUGGCUUAACUAUCAGUUGAUCAGAGACUGAGAGACAGAGAUAAGGAAAUUAAAGAUAAAUCCUGCCCAAUUCUCAGCAUCCUGACCAGUUAACUACAAGGGUGAAACUGUACUGAUCCAAUUACCUUCAAAUAACAAAAUAUUUUUCUUGUUGGCUUCACUGUAGAGGUAGGGAGCAAGAAAACUAACUUUGUCAAAAUGAUCCAUUGAAAGAUUUAUUAAUGGUUCCUCCCCACCCCCACAAAAAACAAAUUGUUAUCCUGUCAUGAGGAUUCCAUGUGUGUCAACUUGCCCACUCUUCCUUUUCGUGAGGCGAUUAUUUAAUUUUUUGAUAGCUUUGGAUCAGAUGGUAACUGAUUUGCCUAAGUCUGAAUCAGCAGUUUUGUAUUUCUUUGACUGUGUAUAUGUUACUCUGUCCAGAAAAAUAAAGUACUAUUCAUCAAGG